AUGGCUACCGAGAUUACCUACGGAGGAGCUUCUUCUUCUUCUACAGCAUCUUCUCCCACCCGUGAGUGGAAGCAUGAUGUUAUCUUGAGUUUUUACGGUGAGGACACUCGCUCCCACUUCAUCGAUUACCUCUCUAUGUGGUUGAAACGGGAUGGGAUUCGCACAUCUAUAGACGAUAAAGAUCUAAAAGCCAUCGAAGGUUCUAGGAUUGCCAUUAUCGUUUUCUCUAGGGCGUAUUCUUUUUCCACCCGGUGCCUUGAUGAGCUGGUGAAGAUCAUCGAAUGCAAGAAGGGUGGCCGAUUAGAAACGAUUCUACCUGUUUUCUACAAGGUGAAACCAUCGGAUGUCAGGUAUCAGGAGGGCAAAGCUUUUACGAAGGCAUUUCGGAAACACGAAGAGAGUUUCAAGAAUGAGAUGGAGAAGGUGAACAGGUGGAGGGUUGCUCUCAAAGAAGCUGCGGAUUUGUCAGGGUGGGAUCAAGAAAAGAUUGCAAAUGGGUAA